UAGAGAAAUGAUGAAGAGGCUGUUGUGGAUAGAGGUGGAACUCGCUCCAUUCUCAAGACACAUUUUGAAAAGGAAGAUCUAGAAGGCCAUCGAACAUUGUUCAUUGGGGUUCAUGUGCCACUGGGUGGAAGAAAAAGUCACCGACGCCAUCGGCACCGCGGGCAUAAACACAGAAAGAGAGACAGAGAGCGGGACUCGGGAUUAGAAGAUGGAAGAGAAUCUCCUCCUUUUGAUACCCCAUCACAAAGGGUGCAGUUUAUUCUUGGAACAGAAGAUGAUGAUGAGGAACACAUUCCUCAUGAUCUCUUCACUGAGCUUGAUGAGAUCUGUUGGCGUGAAGGAGAAGAUGCAGAGUGGAGAGAGACAGCAAGGUGGUUGAAAUUUGAAGAAGAUGUAGAGGAUGGUGGAGAGAGGUGGAGCAAGCCCUAUGUUGCCACACUGUCACUUCAUAGCUUGUUUGAGCUGAGGAGCUGCAUCCUGAAUGGCACAGUUCUUUUGGACAUGAGAGCUAACUCCAUAGAAGAAAUUGCAGAUAUGAUUCUGGACCAGCAGGUAGGCUCUGGGCAGCUCAGUGAGGACGUUCGUCACAGAGUGCACGAGGCAUUGCUGAAACAGCAUCACCAUCAGAACCAGAAGAAGCUGAGCAACAGGAUCCCCAUUGUAAGAUCCUUUGCUGAUAUUGGAAAGAAGCAGUCUGAGCCCCAUUCCAUGGAUAAAAAUGCAGGUCAGGUUGUUUCCCCUCAGGCUACUCCAGCCUGUGUUGAAAACAAAAAUGAUGUGAGCAGAGAAAACAGCACUGUUGACUUCAGCAAGGUUGACCUACACUUCAUGAAGAAGAUACCACCUGGAGCUGAAGCCUCAAACAUCUUAGUUGGUGAACUGGAGUUCCUGGACCGCGCCGUUGUGGCUUUUGUCAGGUUGUCUCCGGCAGUGCUGCUUACAGGACUGGCUGAAGUUCCAAUUCCAACCAGAUUUUUGUUCAUUCUUCUUGGACCACUGGGUAAAGGCCAACAGUACCAUGAGAUUGGAAGAUCAAUUGCAACACUAAUGACAGAUGAGGUAUUCCAUGAUGUUGCUUACAAAGCCAAGGACCGCAAUGACUUGGUGUCUGGAAUUGAUGAGUUUCUUGAUCAGGUUACUGUUCUCCCUCCUGGAGAGUGGGACCCAACAAUUCGAAUAGAACCACCUAAAAAUGUUCCCUCUCAGGAGAAGCGUAAGAUCCCAGGAGUGCCAAAUGGAACUGCAGCCCAUGGGGAAGCAGAGCAUCCUGGGGGACACUCUGGACCAGAACUGCAACGCACUGGAAAAUUUUUUGGAGGAUUAAUUUUAGAUAUCAAAAGAAAAGCUCCCUUCUUCUGGAGUGACUUCAGGGAUGCUCUCAGUCUGCAGUGUCUGGCAUCAUUUUUGUUUCUCUACUGUGCUUGCAUGUCUCCUGUCAUCACAUUUGGUGGUCUGCUGGGAGAAGCAACUGAAGGUCGUAUAAGUGCAAUAGAAUCGCUGUUUGGAGCAUCCAUGACUGGAAUUGCCUACUCUCUUUUUGGUGGACAGCCUCUCACUAUACUUGGCAGCACAGGACCAGUUUUAGUGUUUGAGAAGAUCUUAUUCAAAUUUUGCAAAGAGUAUGGGUUGUCAUACCUUUCUCUGAGAGCCAGCAUUGGGCUGUGGACUGCAAUCCUGUGCAUCAUCCUUGUUGCAACUGAUGCAAGCUCCCUAGUCUGCUACAUUACCCGGUUUACUGAAGAAGCCUUUGCUUCUCUUAUCUGCAUCAUUUUCAUUUAUGAGGCCUUAGAGAAGCUGUUUCAUCUCAGUGAGACAUAUCCAAUCAACAUGCAUAAUAAUCUGGAGCUGCUGACAAAGUACUCAUGCAAUUGUGUGGAACCAGAACAUCCUAGCAAUAAAACCUUACAAUACUGGCAGGACUACAAUAUAUCUGCAUCUGAUGUGCCAUGGGGGAACCUAACUGUAUCAGAAUGUAAAAAGUUUCAUGGCGAGUUUGUUGGGCGAGCCUGUGGCCAUCAUGGCCCUUACGUUCCAGACGUCCUCUUCUGGUCUGUCAUCUUGUUCUUCUCCACAGUGACGCUCUCCUCCACUCUGAAGCAGUUCAAAACCAGCAGAUACUUCCCAACAAAGGUACGCUCUGUUGUCAGCGACUUCGCUGUCUUUCUCACUAUUUUGUCCAUGGUUUUAAUUGACUAUGCCAUUGGAAUUCCAUCACCAAAACUUCAGGUUCCAAAUGCUUUCAAGCCUACCAGAGAUGAUCGUGGCUGGUUUAUUACUCCUUUGGGGCCUAAUCCUUGGUGGACAGUGAUAGCUGCUGUAAUUCCAGCCCUGCUUUGUACUAUCCUUAUCUUUAUGGACCAGCAGAUCACAGCUGUCAUUAUCAAUAGAAAAGAACACAAACUAAAGAAAGGAUGUGGAUACCACCUCGACCUACUCAUGGUGGCAGUGAUGCUGGGUGUGUGCUCUAUUAUGGGAUUGCCGUGGUUUGUUGCAGCCACUGUCCUCUCCAUUUCCCACGUGAACAGCUUAAAACUGGAAUCAGAAUGCUCCGCUCCAGGGGAGCAGCCAAAAUUUCUUGGAAUCCGGGAGCAAAGAGUCACAGGACUCAUGAUUUUUAUCCUUAUGGGCUCAUCUGUCUUUUUGACAAGCAUUCUCAAGUUUAUUCCUAUGCCAGUACUUUAUGGAGUGUUUCUCUACAUGGGUGCUUCAUCUCUAAAGGGAAUUCAGCUUUUUGACAGGAUAAAGUUAUUCUGGAUGCCUGCAAAGCACCAGCCAGAUUUUAUUUAUCUAAGGCAUGUUCCUCUUAGAAAGGUCCAUCUCUUCACUAUAAUUCAGCUGAGUUGUCUUGUGCUUCUCUGGAUUAUAAAGGUUUCGAGAGCUGCCAUUGUCUUUCCUAUGAUGGUCCUAGCUUUGGUAUUUGUCCGGAAACUCAUGGAUUUCUUUUUUACCAAGCGGGAGCUCAGUUGGUUGGAUGAUUUGAUGCCUGAGAGCAAGAAAAAGAAACUGGAAGAUGCUGAGAAAGAGGAAGAGCAAAGUAUGUUAGCAAUGGAAGAGGAAGGGACUGUUCAGUUACCACUAGAAGGACAUUACAGAGAUGACCCAUCUGUGAUAAACAUUUCUGAUGAAAUGGCAAAAACUGCUGUAUGGAAGACAUUGUUGAUAUCCUCAGAGAAUGCAAAAGAUAAGGAGUCAAGCUUUCCUUCUAAAAGUGCUGAAAUCAGAAAAGAGAAGAAAGCUGACUCAGGGAAAGGUGUUGACCGGGAGACUUGUCUAUGACUCGCUCUUCAAGUAAUUUUUUUACAAACGAAUUAAAGGAGUGCCACAACCACUAAAUAUAAAUUAUUUACCUUGUAACUUUUGUCUUUCAUCUCAAACUAGCACAGGUAAUGUAGUGCAAUACUUGUCUCAUUCCACCUUGUCUACCUUGUCUAGUAUCAAUGUAAAUGUCUGCAGUAGCCAAUGCAAAAAAAAUCCUUGUGUUCGUUGCUGAUCUUGGCCAUUUAUCAGUACUUGUAUCAGAAAUGUAAGGAGCAAAUUUUCUUUCAAAUUUAACUUUCCUGUUAAUAGGUUUGUACUGUAUUUUGCUACUUUUUCUGUGUGAGAAUACUUAAUAAUCUUGAUUCAAGAUGAACUUGAAAACCCUUGUUCCAAUUUUUUUUUUAAUUACCUAACUAAUAAAUGAUUUCAAGAGACCCAAACUGACGAGCAAACAUUGAGAAGUUUAUAAAAUAACAACUGAUCUGACCCUGUGAAUAAACUAACAAGGAUAAUACUUUCCUCCUUAAUCUGUCCAUUUGAAGUCAUGGAUUCAGUUUUGCAAUGUGAAUUGCAGGAUCAGAUUCUGUAUUUGUGAAGUUUUCCUUGAUUUAAUACAAUGUA